AUGCCUCUUCACCUGUUACCUCCUCUUGCUCCUCUGUACCUUGCUCAAGAGCUCUGCUUUACUCCCUUCUGGCCUACAUCCCCACUCUCUCCCUUCCCACCUUCUCUUACUCAUCACCCCACCUUGUCAUCCUCCCUUCCACCUGCUACCCCUAACAUCCUCCCUUCCACCUGCGUCCCCCGUCAUCCUCCCUUCCACCUCCGUCCCCCGUCAUCCUCCCUUCCACCUGCGUCCCCGGUCAUCCUCCCUUCCACCUGCGUCCCCUGUCAUCCUCCCUUCCACCUGCGUCCCCUGUCAUCCUGCCUUCCACCUGCGUCCCAUGUCAUCCUCCCUUCCACCUGCGUCCCCUGUCAUCCUCCCUUCCACCUGCGUCCCCUCUCAUCCUCCCUUCCACCUGCGUCCCCUCUCAUCCUCCCUUCCACCUGCCACCCCUGUAAUCCUCCCUUCAACCUGUGUCCCCUGUCAUCCUCCCUUCCACCUGCCACCCCUGUCAUCCUCCCUUCCCCCUGUCACCCCUGCCAUCCUCCCCCGCCCCUGUCGUCCUGCCUUCCCCCCUGCCGCCCCUGUCGUCCUCCCUCCCCCCUGCCGCCCCUGUCGUCCUCCCUCCCCCCUUCCGCCCCUGUCGUCCUCCCUCUCCCCUGCCGCCCCUGUCGUCAUCCCUCCCCCCUACCGUCCCUAUCGUCCUCCCUCCCCCAUACCGCCCCUGUCGUCCUCCCUCCCCUCUGCCGCCCCUGUCGUCCUCCCUCCCCCCUGCCGCCCCUAUCGUCCUCCCUCCCCCCUGCCGCCCCUGUCGUCCUCCCUCCUUUCUGCCGCCCCUGUCGUCCUCCCUCUCCGCUGCCACCCCUGUCGUCCUCCCUCCCCCUUGCCGCCCCUGUCGUCCUCCCUCCCCGCUACCGCCCCUGUCGUCCUCCCUCCCCUCUGCCGCCCCUGUCGUCCUCCCUCCCCCCUGCCGCCCCUGUCGUCCUCCCUCCCCCCUGCCGCCCCUGUCGUCCUCCCUCCCCCUCUGCCGCCCCUAUCAUCCUCCCUCCUCCCUGCCGCCCCUGUCUGCCAUUCCCUAGUCUUGGAAUGCCGGAAGCAGCAUUGAGGCCAAAGGAGUGGACUGUGGAAUGCAGGCAGGCCCGCUGA